GAUUGGUUCUUUUCCGGGGCGCGGUGUGGUCAGGCGUACGGCGUGAUUGGUCCUUGGGAAGGAGCUAUUGGCGUUUGUACUGGCUUCGGAAUUAGGGGCUUUGAGUCUGUCGAGCCGGCGCCAUGUCGUUCUGCAGCUUCUUUGGGGGCGAGGUUUUCCAAAACCACUUUGAAUCAGGUCCAUCCUACGACCUCUUUCUUGUAUUACCGAGGGUGUCACUACGUUUCGGAGCGGGUGGAGCUCAGGACCCUGGAAUGGGACGAUUGUGGCCAUCCGGAGGAGUAAAUGUGGGGCAAGGUAUCUAUGUGUGUGCCAAGUGUGGCUAUGAGCUGUUCUCUAGCCGCUCGAAGUAUGCACACUCAUCUCCAUGGCCAGCAUUCACAGAUACCAUCCAUGCUGAUAGUGUGGCCAAAUGUCCUGAGCACAACCGACCUGGAGCCUUGAAGGUGUCUUGUGGCAAGUGUGGCAAUGGGUUGGGCCAUGAGUUCCUGAAUGAUGGCCCUAAGCGGGGGCAAUCUCGAUUCUGAAUAUUUAGCAGCUCGCUGAAGUUUAUCCCUAAAGAUAAAGAAACUUCUGCCUCCCAGGGGCACUAGAUGAGCAGCCCACACCCACUCCAAACAGAUAUGCUCUCUGACUACAUCUGGCCAUCACAUUUUGACACUGGAACCCUGGACACUCAGCCAGCUUCUGAACAGGGUCUCCUUGGCAAAGCACUUGUUUGUGAUAUCCCAUAGCCUUUUUUUUUUUUUUUUUUUGCGGUACUGGGGAUCAGAACUCAUGACCUCACACUUUCCAGGCAGAUGCUCAUGCCUGAGCUAACUUCCCGGCCCUCCCAUAGCUUUUUGCCAGGUUAGGCCUUGGGUGGGAUGCACACUGCCGGCUGUCUUAGCCUCUGGUUCACAGUCUCCAGAAGGUGGGCUCUGAGCCCAGCUUACCUUGAAUGAUGUUAUGCUUCUACCUUCUCUUUUUUUUCAGUUUGUUGCCCCUUCCCUGGCUAUCUGAACCUCCCCUUGUGGGACCCAAAGCUUAUGUCCAUCUUCUCCAAGCUGUGUGUGUUGUGACACAGAACUUUAGAGGACUGCCAUGACCAGCUGCUUCAGCCCUGGUCAAUGCAUGAUCUACUCUGGCUAAAUCCUUCUAGGCCAGUCAGGGUGGUGAUGAUCUGUGACCUGCUGGGGAGCAGGCCAAUGAGCCACACCCUAAACCAUCAUCCUGUAGCAAUCUGCAGAGGAAGAAGAUGAUGUUUCACAAUCUGCAGAUGUAGCUUGCUUCACUCAGGCUGGGAAAGCUGCUGUUGUGCCAUUAUGAAAUGAACUCAGUAGGGGUUAUAGGGCCACUGCCUCUAGUUCACACUUGCAGAGAUAUAUCUCCCCAAGAUUUGGCCACUGUGCCUUGUGUCAGUGUCCAGAAGCUCCUGUCAUCCUCCCCUGCUUUGUGGAAAUCAAUAAACAGGCAAAAUCUGCAA